UUCUCCGGAAGACAAAGCUGUGGCAGCGCUCCUGUCUGAGCGUCUGUGUUGACAAACAAAGCUGUUUUCGAGUUAUUUUGCGUUUGUUGACGUUGUGGCCGAGCGACGUCAUGGAUGAAGAAACGGAGAGAGCCAAGCGCUGGGAAGGCGGCUACGAGAGAACAUGGGAGGUGCUGAGGGAAGAUGAAUCUGGUUCCCUCAGAGCGUCAGUGGAAGAAAUCCUGUUCCAGUCUAAAAGGAAAAGGGUGAUCAAGAGCCAUGAACAAGUUAGGCUUGGAAUGAUGCGUCACCUCUAUGUGGUGAUCGACUGCUCCAGAACUAUGGAAGACCAGGAUUUAAAACCGAACCGCCUCACCUCCACUCUGAAGCUGAUGGAAGCGUUUGUCGAUGAGUAUUUUGACCAAAACCCCAUCAGUCAGGUCGGCAUCAUCACCACAAAGAAUAAGAGAGCGGAGAAGCUGACUGACCUGGCAGGAAACCCAAAGAAACACAUUGCGGCUCUGAAGAAGGCGGUGGUGGACACUGUGUGUGGAGGAGAACCGUCCCUCUACAACGCUCUCAACCUGGCCUUACAGUCCCUCAAGCACAUGCCGGGACACACGAGCCGUGAGAUCCUGAUCGUCCUCAGCAGCCUCACCACAUGUGACCCGGCCAACAUCUACGAACUCAUCAAGACUCUGACGUCGCUGAAGGUGCGGGUGUCGGUGAUCGGCCUGUCGGCGGAGGUGCGGGUGUGCACGGUGCUGACGCGGGAGACGGGCGGUCUGUACCACGUCAUCCUGGACGAGAGUCACUUCAAAGACCUGCUGAUGAUGCACGUCAAGCCUCCGCCGGCCAGCUCCUCGUCUGAGUGCUCUUUGAUACGCAUGGGUUUUCCUCAGCACGCCAUCGCUUCUCCGACAGACCAGGACGCCAAACCUUCAUUCAGCAUGUCUCACCUGGACAGCAGCAGCAGUGAUGCAGGUCUGUCUCUGGGAGGAUACUUCUGUCCUCAGUGCCACGCCAAGUACACCGAGCUUCCAGUGGAGUGUAAAGUCUGUGGUUUGACUCUGGUGUCGGCGCCACAUCUGGCCAGAUCCUUCCACCACCUCUUCCCCCUCCAGGCGUUCACAGAGAGUCCAGUGGAGGAGCUUCAGCAGGGAGACAGGUUCUGUCAGGCCUGUCAGGGGGAGCUGAAGGACAAAUUUACGUUCACGUGUCCGUCGUGUCGCAGUGUUUUCUGCGUGGAGUGUGACCUCUUCAUCCACGACGCUCUGCACUGCUGCCCCUGCUGCAUCCACACACACACCGCCCGCUGACACACACACACACACACAAACACGCACACGCUGGCUCAUCAUGUUGGUGUUGUGUUGACAGGACAGAUGUGACGCAUGCAGGAUCAUGUGAUGGUCAGGAAGUCAAGAGACUGACACAAAAUACUGGAUCAUAAUGUGAAGGAGGAGGAAACGUCCGGAUCUUUUAAAGACGGUGUUGUCGAAAUUGUAAGAAACACUUAAUAUAACAUAUGUGGAGUCCAGGAAGCGACAUAUGUGGAAAAAGAAAAUCAUGUUGGCCACGCAAUAAUAACGUGUGGGAAAAAUAUUCGUAACACGUGUCCACACAACAAUUAUGUGUGGAAAUGAGAUGUUUAAUGUGUGGUCAUGCAGUAAUAAAGAGUGGUAACAUGAUACAUCAGGCAUAAAGGCGAGCCAAUCAAGGCUCUCGGUCAUAUUUUGUAAGGCCCGCAGCAUCAUUUAUCUGGUUUGAAACCAAACAUACUCAUUUUUAAUUAUGUUAUUACGAUAUCUGACUCCAGAUGUGAUAGAAGAGCAAUGAUAACGAGUAAGGCGUGGCGAUAAACUGCACAGAUUUAUGUUGAUGAUACAAUAACAUAUAUAACAAACAAUAAUGUGUUAUUAAUGUAUGGGAACGUGAUUUUUUUGUCACCCCCGGGCUCUGUAUGUAAGUUUAAACUGUUUAAGUGUGAUUUACCUAUUGUGGUCCCGUCAAAAGAUACGUUAGAGACAAGAUUAACUUUUAUAGUUUUGUUAUUUUUUACACUUGAGUUAAAGGGUGAGUUUAGAAUUUCUGCUUUCCAUCAACUAUUCCAUCAUGUGAACUGAGCGGCUUUAUAUGUGACAUGUGUUACGUCACCAUUUUUGUACAACGGUUAAAAUAAAUCGGAUUUUUGUA